CUUGUCGAGAAAUUAUUCUUUUGACAUGUGAUUUACCUAGGUCACAGCUGUGACGUACUUCGGGGGAACUCUGGUUUGUUUACAUGCAGCAAUACCUUCACUGCACAGCCGCCGCCGUAGUUAGUUCACGAUCCUAAAGCGGCGAGAAAUAUAAACAAUGCAGCGAAUAUCUAAAUUGUUUCAACCAGCUUUAAUUAUUCCGAAAAAUGCAUCCAUUAAAUCACAGGACAUCACUUCCAAAAGUCAAAGGCUUAUGCUAGAGCAAGGACUCAUCCGACAGGCGGGAAAUGGAACGUUUUAUCUACUGCCGCUCUUGCAACGAUCACUGCAGAAAGCAAUCAAUCUAAUAGACCGGCAUAUGGAAAUGAUUGGAGCACAAAAGCUAACACUUCCACUGCUUACAUCGGCGGAACUGUGGAAGAAAAGUGGUCGAUUAGGUUCGAGCGCGAGUGGAACGCCAACAGAAUUGCUGCAAACUACCGAUCGUCACGGAAAGGUGCAAAUUUUAGGACCGACACACGAAGAAUCAAUAACUUCGCUGCUUGCUGCCAUAUCACCGAUUACCUAUCGUCAGUUUCCGCUCCGGCUGUACCAAAUAUCAACCAAAUUCCGGGAUGAAAUGAAACCGCGGUUUGGGUUGAUGCGAGCUAAAGAGUUUCUCAUGAAGGAUCUUUACACUUUCGACGUGGAUCGUGAUUGCUGCCAAACGACGUACAAGGCAGUGAACGAAGCGUACGACAGAAUAUUUAGCGAAAUAGGAGUGCCAUUCGUUAAGGUGGCCGGAGACAGCGGAACGAUGGGUGGUUCGAUUUCACACGAGUAUCACUUCCCCAGCGAGUUGGGAGAAGAUCAAUUGCUUCAAUGUGCCCGCUGCGGUAUGCACUCAAACGCUGAGCUUUUUCCAACGCUAGUCCAACGAUGCAAAAACUGUGACGGAAGCGAAAUUCUCGAACGGCAGGCAGGCAUAGAGGUGGCACAUGCAUUCAUCCUUGAGGAUCGAUACUCAAAGGCGCUGGGUGCGACGUGUCUGCAGACCAAUGGGAAACCCGUGCCCUUGCAGAUGGGAUGCUAUGGUAUUGGAGUUACUCGUCUAAUAGCCGCCGCUGUAGAGGUCCUUUCGAAUGAAAAGGAAAUCCGAUGGCCGGCUGCACUAGCACCGUACCGUGUUUGCAUCAUUACCCCAAAGGCAGGAAGUAAGGAAGAAUCGCAAGCAACUCCGUGGGUUGUAAAACUGUACAACGAUUUGCAACUGAUGAAGCACUGCGAAGGAGAAGUAAUAGUGGAUGACCGCACGCAACUUACCAUCGGCAAACGACUGUUGGAUGCACGGAAAACGGGAUAUCCCAUCAUCGUGGUUGUGGGAUCAAAAGCUAUCGACGAGGAGGUUUUCGAGGUGCACAAUCUAGUUACGGCUGAAGAGCUAAAUCUAUCGUACAGCGACACCUUGACUACAAUAGGUAAAUCUCUUUCAACCGCAAAUCUGAAACGGAUCGCUGCAGAAAACCAUGGCAACAAAGCUGCACAGGAGCUGUAACAUAGUGGGGUGCGGUUAUUUAUUAAACAAACUCCUGCAGUAAUCCGCUAACGCGGGUCAGAAAGUAGGCCUUUACAAUAAACGCUAAAAUUACGAUCAAACAGGAA